ACACGAUUAUAAACAUCCAGCGAAACUCUCUCCGUACAGCAUCUCAGGCGCCCGCGCGCAGCCCCACUUCCGUAUCUUCCAGAGUUCAGAGCGACUCCUCGGUCACGUGAUUCUCCGUAAGACGGGAAUCGUCUUCGCAACCCGCGCACUGUACGGUACUGCAUCGGUUCUCACUGGCUGUAACUAAGAUCAUUAUUGAAAACCUUGCUUUCAAGCGAAUAUGAUGUAUUAAUGGUGUUCGGCAUGUUCACGCUGUAUGCUGCUCUUGCCGGACUAGCAGUCCUGCCGUUUCUCCUGUGUUCCUGGUUUCCUUACUUACUCCACGAUUUAAGAUACUUCUUAGCGACAGUUCACGUUGGCAUUUUUAUUUCGAAAUGCGAACGAAAAAAGCCUUGUUAUACCGUAUUGGACUGCUUUUUGGACAAGGUGAAGAAGAACCCGAACAAAGCCUUCAUUGUUUUCGGUGAUGAAACAUAUAGUUAUAAGGACGCGGAUAAAGUCAGCAAUAAAAUUGGCAGAGCUUUGCUGACACACGCUCGCUUGAAAGAGGGCGAUACCGUCGCAGUUUUCCUCGGAAAUGAACCCCUGUACGUGUGGAUUUACUUGGCCCUGGCGAAACUGGGCUGUGUCGUUGCGCUGCUGAACUGCAACAUUAGAUCCAAAUCCCUACUGCAUUGUUUUUCUUGUUCGGGGGCGAGAGUAUUAAUAGCCGCAGCAGAUUUGAAAAGCGCCGUUGAAGAGGUGUUACCGGGGCUGAAGGAGACUAACGCCUCUGUGUUCAUUCUGGACGAAGAAUGCGAGACCCAAGGAAUAGAAACGCUCUCGGACAAAAUCAGUCAGGCCUCCGAUGAAGCGAUAUCCCCAACCUGUAGGUCAAAUAUUACUAUGAAAUCCCCUACAGUGUACAUCUAUACAUCCGGCACAACAGGACUUCCUAAGGCUGCAGUGUUAAACCAUGAGAAGGUCUGGCUGCUGUCUUCUCUACAAAAAUUAAAUGGAGUGACCUCUGGUGAUGUGAUGUACGUUUACCUUCCACUCUACCAUGCCUCUGGAUUCCUUAUGGGACUUUGCGGUGGAAUUGAAAGAGGUGUGACCAUUGUGUUGAAACACAAGUUUUCCGCUUCCCAGUUCUGGGAUGAUUGCCGAAAGUAUAAUGUGACCGUGAUACAGUACAUUGGAGAAAUAAUGCGAUACCUUUGCAACCAACCGAAGAAAGACAAUGACCGAGAUCACAAGGUCAGACUGGCUAUCGGCAACGGCAUACGGACAGAUACUUGGUCUGAGUUUCUGCGGCGGUACGGAAAUGUACGAAUCGGCGAGUGUUAUGGUGCGACAGAGAGCAACAUUGCUUUUCUGAACUACGUCGGAAAACUUGGUGCAUGCGGAAGGGAGUUUUUUCUGUUUAAGAUGUUUUGCCGGUACGCACUGAUUAAAUAUGACACAGAGAAGGAAGAUCCAGUGAGGGACUCCAGAGGAUUCUGUGUGCAGGUGCCAAAAGGAGAGACCGGGCUUUUGGUGGCGAAAAUAACCAAAAUCACUCCGUUCGCUGGAUAUGCUAGAAACCCGCAGCAAACGCAGAAGAAGCAGCUGAGGGAUGUGUUUCAGAAAGGUGACUUAUAUUUCAACACCGGAGACCUCAUGAAGAUUGAUCACGAAGGAUUCGUCUACUUUCAGGAUCGUAUUGGAGACACUUUCAGAUGGAAGGGGGAGAAUGUUGCCACCACUGAAGUUGCUGAAGUUCUGAUCAUGGUGAAUUGCAUUAAAGAAGCUAAUGUGUUUGGUGUCAAGGUACCAGGACAUGAGGGUAGAGUAGGAAUGGCUGCACUUUUGCUGGAAGAUGGUGAAAAUUUUGAUGGAGCCAGGACCUAUGAGGUUGUACAGUCCUAUCUGCCCAGCUAUGCAAGACCGCGAUUUCUCAGAAUCCAGAGUUACCUGCCUGUCACUGGGACAUUUAAGCAGAUGAAGGUAAAGCUGGCGGAGGAAGGCUUUGACCCAGGUGUGAUUCGGGAUCCUUUGUACUUUCUGGACGACAGCAAGAAGAGCUAUGUUCCACUGGCACGGGACGUGUACGAGUCAAUAAGGGACGGCACGGUGAAGCUGUGAACAGUGUGUGAAAUGGGGAAUUGAGCUUUAAAUAAUUAUGAUUAUUCAAAUAAUAGUGAUAAUUACUGCACAUGUAUAAUUAAACUGUGUUUCCCACCAAAGCUAUAAAAGUAAAAAAUUGCAGUAAAUAUGAAAAUAAAACAGAAAAUAUUAUAUACAUUAUAGAUACACAGUAUCAAGCUGAGUAGUGCUGAGGAGUGCUGCAGUGUAGUCAUAUAAUCUUUUAUUAAGAUUAGCAGUGUAUUACAGCAGUCAUACGGAUGAGAAUUAGCACUAUGAGCAGCUGUUGUUUGGUGGGGUGAGUGGGCAGGUGGGCAGGUGGCUGUGUACCGAAUGCUCGGGCUGCUGUGGUGGGGAUGCAUUUCCUCUCAUUGCUGGGUGAAUCAACUAGGAAUGUGAAAGCCGAUAAAUGGGUUUUUAUCUGAAUACUCUGAGUGCUGGUCAUGUGACCUGUUCAUUUGUUGAAUAUUAAACUUACAUGCCAGUCUGGA